AGUUCACACUAUUUAGUCCAUAUAUCAUUUUUUAUUUUAUUUUUAUUUUUUAUUUAUUAUUGUAGCCCCUAUCUUGAAAUUUCAUAGGACUCUCAAUUAUCUAUUGUUAACUUUUCAACAUGACAAUUCUCUCUAAUUUUAUCUCAACAUUGACUUCUUUAGGGACCAGAAUAAAUGGACCUCGACUUUCCAUCCAAAGCAAUUAAACCACAGAGCCGGACUCUCUCACACACAGAAACAAACACAUAUAUAUAUCACCAAUCUUUGUUCUUUCAUUCGGUAGCACUUGAGAAUUCUGCAAACUUUUGCGAGUAAAUUUUCAAGUAUUUCAUCCUAAAAUUGCUUAGUAGUUGCUUUAUAUAUAGCUGAAUCAUUAUGGACUAUAGUACUUGUGUAGACACAUCUCUCAGCAUCAACCUCACUGCAGUUAAUCCUUCGAGGCACAUAGAUGAAACUCCAGAGAGUGGAACUCAUGAGCACUUGUUUCCAAUUCUGAACCGGAAAUCGCAAUAUGAUCAAGGAGAUUUUGUUGGUUUGGAAGGCAAAUUAGCAGAGAAACAAGAGGUCAAUCUUCUGGUUGAAGAGCUGAAUAGGGUAAUCUUUGAGAACAGAAGGUUAACUGAAAUGCUUACCAUCGUUCGAGAGAAGUACAAUGCUUUGCAAAGCCAUUUCAUGGAUUUGACAAGCAACAAGUCUGAUUCUGAACUUGUUAGAUUGGGGAAGAGAAAAGCCGACGAUGAAGAUUGUGGCUAUUAUAUUUGUACAAACAAUGAAGAUGCAGAGAACAGCUGUGGUACUAAAGAAGGUUCAUGUAAGAUGCCGAAGGAAAGCUUCAAAACAAACACAUCACGAGUUUGUGUCAAGACGGAUUAUGAAUCCGUUAAAAGCCUAACAGUAAAGGAUGGACAUAGAUGGAGAAAAUAUGGCCAAAAAGUUACUAGAGAUAACUCGUCUCCUAGAGCUUACUAUAAGUGCUCUUUUGCCCCAAGCUGCCCAGUCAAAAAGAAGGUACAAAGAAGUGCUGAAGAUCAAUCUGUUUUAGUAGCCACAUAUGUAGGAGAGCACAACCACCACCACCACCCCUUUCAGGCUGAGUUGUCGUUGAGCACAAACCAAUGUGUAAAGCCUGGUUCAAUCCCUUGCUCAACCUCCUUGACCUCUUCAAGUUCAACAAAAACUUUAGAUUUCAUCAAACCGGGACUGUGUGGCAUCGCGAAAAAUUCUACCACGGACAUUGAAGCCCCGGUGCAUGAACAGUUCUUUCUCCAACAAAUAGGCUCUUCCAUGACAAGGGAUUCAAGUUUCAUGAGAUCAGGACUCACAAAAGUCAUUAAUCCGGGAAGAACUUUGGAACAAAAUGGGAUAGAGUACUAGUGAAAUCUCAAUCUAUAGAAUACAAUUUGAUAUUUGUUUGACUCUUUAGGUAAUUAGAGUAUUGAAAAUAGAUUUUUGAAACUGAAUGCCAUAGUAUAUUUUAUGUUGCUUCCCAUUUCUCUAUAAAAUGGUUUUUAGCUAGUAAAUUAAGUUGGGAUCGAUGGAAGUAGUUACAAGUGAAUUUUUGUUUGGAAGAAAUUGUAUUGAAGAUGAUAUUGAUAUAGCUAAAACGUCACAAAGAAUCGAAGUAGCAUAUCCUCUUUUCAGAUAUAUGGGAGGUUGAUGGCUCAAGUUUCCAACGGGAUGAAUGAGUUUGUGUGAGAACUAAUUACCAGGAAAAGAAAAAUGUUAUAUAGCUAAAAACUAAAGGGUAAAUUUCACUUUAUGCAACAG